GGGGCUGUUUUGAUCAGCGGAAAAGUGGCAGGGAGGGACGGUGUCUUGUCACAACCGCUGGAGAGAGCUGUACCAAAGGAUACCUCUACUUUUGCGACUCAAUGAAACAGUAAAAUGGACACUGCUGAUCUUGAAAAAGGAGUCACGAUUGAUGACAUGCUAACAAUAUGCAUCCAAAAUUUUGACUCUGAUGGGAAACCAAAAGAUCCAGAGCUCGUCCAGAUGUUCCUGAUGAUGCAUCCUUGGUAUAUACCAUCUGGAGAACUUGCAAAGAAACUAUUUAUUCUUUCAGAGGCUGGAGAUAACUUGGAGCGUGAAAGGAUAUGCAACCUUGUCAGAUUUUGGAUAUCUGAGUACCCAGCUGAGUUUGAUCUGAAUCCAGAACUUGGGGAGCAAAUCCGAGACCUCAAGAGAGCAUUAGAAAAUAAAGGAAAUCGAAGAGAGAGCAGUCUAAUAGACAUCGAGAGUGUCCCAUCCUAUGGCUGGAAACGACAAGUGACACAACGAGCACAAGGUGGGGACAGAGUUCGAAAGACAUCCCUCCUCUUUGAUCACCUUGAUCCAGCUGAACUUGCAGAACAUUUAACACACCUAGAGUUUCACUCGUUCUCUAAGAUCUUGUUUCAAGACUAUCACAGCUUCGUCCUUCAUGGUUGCACAGUGGGAAAUCCUGUACUUGAGAGGUUCAUAGCCCUUUUUAAUGGUGUAUCCCAGUGGAUCCAACUCAUGGUGCUCAGCAAACAUACUCCACAACAGAGGGCAGCUGUCAUUAAACAAUUUGUGCAUGUCGCAGAGAGGCUGCUGCAGCUACAGAACUUCAACACUCUUAUGUCUGUAGUGGGUGGACUCAGCCAUAGCUCAAUCGCUCGUCUUAAGAAUACACACUCUUAUAUCAGUCCAGAAACCACUAAGGUAUUUGAUUCGCUUUUGGAGCUUCUAACAUCCUCAGAUAACUAUGCAAGAUACAGGCGCAGGUUUGCAGUUUGUGAUGGUUUCCGCUUCCCAGCAUUGGGUGUUCACCUGAAAGAUCUUAUGGCUCUACAUGUGGCACUACCUGAUUGGACUGACAAGGCCAAACGUACCAUCAACAUCUCCAAAAUGCGUCAGGUGUACAAAGUUGUUCAUGAGCUUACAGAAGCUCAGAGGUUGGAGCCUCCGGUUAAAGCAAACUCGGAUUUACUCAACUUGUUGACGGUAUCACUGGACCAAUACCGGUCAGAAGAAGAAAUAUACCAACUGUCUCUUCAAAGAGAACCAAGAGCGCGUUCCUCGCAAACAAAUGUAAAAUCCACUCCAUCACCUCCAUUGGAAGAAUGGGCUUCCCUCAAAGCUAAACCAGAUCAGGCUUUGCUGUGCCAACAUAUAGAGAAAAUGGUGGAGUCAGUUUUCAGACUUUUUGAUGAAGAUGGAGAUGGUCACAUCUCACAAGAAGAGUUCCACACAGUUCGUAGUAACUUCCCUUAUCUUUGCGCUUUUGAUGAGAUUGAUCAAAAUCAAGAUGGAAAGAUCAGCAAGCAAGAGAUGACAUCUUAUUUCCUGAGAGCAAGUUCAGUCUUGGAUUGUAAAAUGGGAUUUAUCCACAAUUUUUCCGAGAGGACGUUCAUACGACCUGUGUCUUGUCAACAGUGUGGAAAUCUGAUACUUGGAAUUUAUAAGAAGGGACUGAAGUGUCGAUCCUGUGGAGUCACUUGUCACAAGCAUUGUAAAGAUCAUCUCUCCGUAGAGUGCAAGAAGAAGUCUAAAAGUAUGAGUGAAAAGCGUGAGUCCUCUAACAAUUCUCGGCAUUUCUCUUUAUCCCUGCCACGGUCGUUUAAGAGGACGUCAAUACAGCCAGCUUUAAAAGAGGAGGAUUCAAAGGUGGAAGAUGAUUCUGUAUUUGAUGAUCGUUUAUAACCAGCAAGGUCAACAACGCUCAUAAGAUGGAGAGUGCAUGACAUUACUUCAUAAGAGAUACUCAUCGAGAAGAACUGUCCUCCCUCAGACAAUGUAUUUUAAUUGCUUGUGCUCCUAAUUGUUUCAUUAAACUCUAAAGAUGUUUGUGCUAUAGCAAAGAAACCCUUUUAUUAGAGCGUUCAUUUUCUCCUUAAUGUGUAAAUAGUGAUCUAAUCAAAUCUUUACUUGAAAAUGGACUUUGCAACC